AUGCUGAUGAUGAUGCGUGAGUCCGUACCUCGGGCGUGUUCUUCUAUGGGUCUGACGUUAGAUUCAAGACGCCCCAAAGUUUCACGACUAUCGGAGCGAAUUAGUCGUAUUGAGCAACUUCUGGCAGACAAUUUCAUGGGUGAUCAAAUCUCCGUCGUGGGAGAGUCUCCUCAAUCUCUUGAAGCCAAUACGACGUCUGACACAACGGCCAGCAAUUCCCCAAGCAACACUCAGCCUCCAGGCUCGUCGUCAGUGCGAGUUCACUUCGCGGGUAAAGAGCUGGGUGUCAUCAGUUUACUUACAGGCACGCCGUUCCUCUUUCCUGAGGGGCGAGAAUGGAUCAGAGCCCGCACUGGACAGGACGUUGCAAUUGACAAACUGAGUCCACCGCGCGCACCUUGGGAUAAAGAGCGCGGAAAAACCUUUCACACUUUUUUGAUGAACAUGAACAUGCACACUAACAGUCCUUACGAACUUCCCGACUGGAGAACCGCGCAGCUGUACUUUCAGGCAUAUAAGAGUUCCAAGGUGAUGCGGCGCAUCUUUCCUGUUAUAGACCCGGAACUUUUUGAGGAGACCCUCAACACAGCUUAUGGUCAAUCGCCAUCCAUAUUCAAAUACGGCCAAGCCAGCGCUAGGGUUUGUGUCAUUGCAUUUCUUACCUUCAUCUCUCGCCUCCCAGAUGUCAAGGAUAUUGUCAGCGCGACUACUACGGCCACCCCAAUUGACCAUGAUCUACUUUCCACCAAGGCACAGUUUUUGAUGCCUCUGGUAUUACAAGAGCCUGCUAGUCUGGACGCCGCGCAGGCUGUCACUAUGUUGACUCUCUUUGAGCUGUCUUCGGGAAAUAUGCGAGCGACCAAUUACUAUGCGGCAAUUGCUGCGCGGCUCAUUUUCAUGCUUGGUGGUAAUCUUUUUAGCAGUCAGGCCAUCUCGACGGAUCAGCUCGGCCAGCAAAGACAUUCACAGCUACGGAAUCUAUUCUGGAUUUGCUACACAAUUGAUAAAGACCUUGCUCUACGCACGGGUCAACCGCCUACUAUCACGGACGAAAAUUGUGAUUUGACACUUCCGCCGGGCUAUCUUGAUCGAGCAUUCUUGGAUGUAGAAAAUGAGGAGGCCCCGUGGUACGGUCCAGUAUUUCCAUUCGACUUGCGCCUGAGUAUUAUCAAAGCCCGAGCGCAUCGAGAGCUAUAUUCGGUCAGCUGUCUCCAAAAGUCAGACGCCGAGCUGCUCAAGUCAAUCCGGGAGCUUGAUGACGCGCUAGAAGAAUGGCGGCUGUCAGUCCCUCCCAUAUGGCGUCCAACCGUGUCCUUCUCUUCCGAGACGUCCGAUCCGAACAUGGGUAUGCAUACUGUCAUGCUGCGUCUGAACUAUCACCUAUGUAUGACCAUCAUCCAUCAAGCGAGCGGAAGAUGCAAAGCGUGGAGACAAGGACAAAGUGGCAUGAUGGAUGGGGUGAGUUCAAGUAUGGCACUUUCAGUAGAGGCCAGUCGAUCAAGUCUAUGUUACCUCAAGGCAGCAGAACAUGUGGUAGUCGACGGGGUGUUCUGGACUCUUAUCUUCUACCCCAUGUCCGCGCUGCUCACCAUCUUCUGCAGCAUUCUUCAGAAUCCAUUGGACCCACAUUCGCGCGAAGACUUGGACCGAUUGCGCGUCGCCACGGUUAUGAUUGAGCGUAUCUUCUCACGGAAACUGCCUUCAACUGAGCUUGUGCAAUUCAAACUGGUCGGUGAUUUCAUUGUAGAAUUGAAGCGGUUGGCUGAGUGUGCUAUUGACAAGGCCUGGGCGGAGCAGCGCGCCGCCUCUCAUUGA